CAACACUCACAUUUGUAUACGCGUAAAUCGCGCAGAAAUUUUGUUGUGCUGUGGAAUGUUUUGUUAAAGUGCUAAUUGGGCGAGGCAGACCAUGUAAAACUGGGUGUAUCCCACAUAAUUAACUUUUCACUCGGAGGAUGUACUUUCCCGUGGGCUGGCCCAAGCGUGUGGGUCUGGGGAUGCCCGGCGAGAGCGCCAGCAUCCGGCAUAUCUGCUUCGAUGCCGUCAAGAUACUCGUGGCCGCCGUGGGCGAUGACUUCCUGGGCAUCUGGUACGCGAAUCCGCUCAUCCCCAUUGCCUACUUUCGGCGCACGGCGGACUCCCUGCGGCAGUACGGCUCCAACCAGGUGAUCGUAUGGAAGCCGGAUUCCCGCCAGUUGGCCCUGCUCACUGCGUCCGGCGCGCUCCUGCUGUACCAACUGGACUUCGACGCUAACGGCAGUGGGAUUCUGCAGCAGGUGGAUCCACCCGCCGCCAGCCUCAAACGUGACUCCGCCGAGCUGUUCAUCAAGGAGAACAUCCCCCGGCUGAGCCUGCACGAGCUGUGCAGUGUCACUCUGGGCUCAGUCAUCACCACCUUGUGCUGCAUCAGCCUCAGCGAAUUGCUCCUGGCCACCCAGUCCUGCGAGCUGCUGCGCCUGCAGUGGACUCAGUUGGAGCACUCCGAGAACGAACUUCAGCUGCCAGCUCUUGCUGCCAUUAAACUGUGCGACAUUCCCUUCUACGUGCAACAACAGCCACAGCAGACGUCAGUCCGAAAUGUACCGCCUUUGAGCAGCGACUCCUACGUAGCCUCGCUGGAAUACUCGCCGUUCAUAGGCGGCUGUGCGGCCGUCUUCAGCGACCGUCGUGCCGCCUUCCUGAUUGCCAACCACUUGAGAUUCGAGACCGACCACAUGCACGGAUUCUGGGUUCCGGAUGUGGAGGAUGCAAGCGUGUGCAGUGUCAACCAUAAAUUUCGCCUGUUGGCCUACGGCCAGGAGAGCUCGGCGGUGAAUGUGUAUGCGAUUGAUGACGCCACUGGGGGUCUAGAAUUUUCCCACCGGUUGAUGCUUACGGAGAAUGUACUGCCUGGAAGUUUGGGAGCGGUGAACGAGCUGAAGUGGAGCCCCGACGGCUGCGUUCUAGCCGUAAGUUGGUCCAAUGGAGGCUUGUCCCUGUGGAGCACCUUUGGAGCGUUGUUAAUGUCUACUUUGAGCUGGGAUUUUGGCCUCAACGUAGAUCUAGUGCGACAAAACCCACUCAAGCUCAGACGCCUGGAGUGGUCGACUGAGGGCUACCAUCUUUUCAUGCUGACGCAGCAGCCGCCGGAGAGGCAGGACAAAGACAAGAGCAAUGUCCUGCAGCUGCAGUUCGUUAAGAGCGCGCUAAGCAUAAAUCCCUGCAUGACAACCAACCCGCACAUACUGCUGCAGGGAGAUGAUUGCCUGUACCUAAACCAGGGCAAUAACUUGGAGCCGACUUACGCCGGAAGUCAGGCCACGUUUCCCUCCAGCGGCGUGGGUUCAGAUGAUGCGGUGACCGGCGAUGGCGACUGCCUGGAGCUGAAACAAAGCCCACAUACGGGCAGCAUCCUUACGGAGAGCAAGUAUUGGACGGUGUUACAGCUGCCGCUCAACUACGCGGCCACCAACUGGCCAAUCCGAUAUGCUGCCAUCGAUUCGGAUGGACUACACUUGGCGGUGGCUGGGCGCACUGGACUGGCCCACUACUCGCUGGUGACGCGACGGUGGAAGCUCUUCGGCAACGAGUCACAGGAGAAAGACUUCGUUGUCUCCGGGGGCCUUCUGUGGUGGCACGGGUUUGUGGUCAUGGGCUGCUAUUCACUCCUGGAUCGCACGGACGAGCUGCGGUGCUAUCCCGCGGACUGCAAACUGGACAACCAAUUCGGCCACAAGCUGCAGGUGCGAGCGCCUGUAAGUGCCCUGAACUCAUUCCGCCACCAGUUGAUUGUGCUCACUGCCGAUGGGAUCGUGAGCCUUUUCAACAUGACAAAAAAGUCGGCCUACGCCCUGGAUAUUGAGUGCGCCUACGAGUUGGACGUGAAGAGCAUAUGCAUCCACCCGGCGUGCAUUGUGAGUCUGACCGUGACGAACCUCAAGAACGAGCUGAAGCCGCAGGGUCAGCAGCAGGGUGGUGAGCAGGCGGAGACAAUCAUCGUGAAUGUCUGCGGCCGCAUCCUGAUGAUCCAGCGCGACGCAAGCGAGCAGGUGCCCAACACCUUGCUGGCCACGUGUCUGGCGAGCUGCGUUGAAGUCUUCUGGCUGUCGCACGCCCUGGAGCGCUGUGCCAUGCGAGACUGCCUCUGGCUUUACUCGGGGGCCCACGGGAUGCGCGUGUGGCUACCAAUUCUGCCGCCGGGAAGAGAGCGUCGCGAGGGAGAGCACGACAGUGCUCAGCGGCUGCACAGUUUCAUGUCAAAACGGAUCAUGCUGGGCUUCCCGCUGAAGCUCUAUCCACUGGUUGUGCUGUUCGACAAUGUGAUCGUGCUGGGCGUGGAGAACGAAAGCACUCUUUACGCCAACGAGCAGAGCUCCCACUUCUCACUCCCGUUCGCCGUGAUGGAGCGCAAGUCGCAAAUCUAUCUGCACAAAGUACUGCGCCAGCUGAUCAAGAGGAACCUUGGAUACUCCGCCUGGGAGAUCGCGCAGUCGUGUCGUUCCCUGCCCUAUUUCCCGCACGCUUUGGAACUGCUUUUGCACGAGGUUCUCGAGGAAGAGGCUACCAGCAAACAGCCCAUUCCGGAUGCCCAGUUGCCCAGCAUCCUGGAUUUUAUACGCGAGUUUCCGGUCUACUUGGAGACAAUUGUGCAGUGCGCCCGCAAGACGGAGAUCGCACUUUGGCCUUACCUCUUUUCAAUGGCCGGCAAGCCCAAGGAUCUGUUCCAGUUGUGUCUGCAGUCGGAGCAGCUGGACACGGCCGCCAGCUACCUUAUAAUCCUGCAGAAUCUGGAGCCAUCGGUGGUUAGCAAGCAAUAUGCCACCAUGCUGCUGGACAUUGCUUUGCAGCAACGGAAGUGGGAGCUGGCCAAGGACCUGAUCCGCUUUCUAAAAGCCAUCGACCCGAACGAGAUCGACUCACCACGGUCCUCGAUGGUGGUUAAUGUGAAGAUCGCUCCUCCGCCCCAGGUUAACACGCAGCAGCAGGUGAACCAGAAUGCGGAUGCCUUCAAUAUGGUCCUGGGCCCCAUUGCCAGGGAGCGCAGUUUCUCCACCACUGUGACCAGCAACCUGCCAAAGGACAAGCACACCCCCCGCUGGCCAGCAGUAACGCCUCUGACGGAAACCAGCAGUGCGGGAGCACCCACAGUGGUGCGCCGUCGGUCCACCAAGCAGCGCGAGACUUUCUGCAUCGAUCUGAUCCUGCAGCGCCAUGCCCGGCAGCUUCUGCAGAACCACAAGCUGACGGACCUGGGCUACAUGGGUGCCUAUCUGGACUUUCACCUUGUCAGCUGGCUGUCGCAAGAGUCGGAGCGUGCCGCCAAACUGGAUGACUUUACUGGCGCCCUGCAGGCACUGCACGUGGAACUUCAGCUUCCCAGUCCAUUUCCCACUACAGUAAAGGACGACUUUGCCCAGAUACGAGGAAGCGUUCGGCAGACAGGCGGCGGAGGAUCCUCGCAGACGUCGGAGUCCGGCUACUUGAGCCUGGCCACGCCCAAUGGGGCCGCAACGCAGUCGCCGCAACUGCAGCCGAGCAUUAGGGAGGAGGAGGAAGAACUGCAACAGCCCAGCUCGCUACCAGUGCUCAAGACCCGCUCCGGGUCGCAGGUGUCGUUCGACAAUUUCCGCUAUCGCCGUCUCUACUCGCUACCGGCAUCGGAAGACGACCUGGACGUGGAUCCGCUGCCCGCGAAGUUGUCCAUCAAGCUGCGCUAUUUGUUGCAGCUUUUCAUUGAGGCCAACUGCACGGACUACGCGCUAGUUCUCUCGAUAUUGCUCCAGGAUGCGGCCUCCAUCUCGCGGAUUGUGAACGGGAUAAUACGGAGCGAGUCGGUGCACACUUGCCUGCGCACGGAGACCGCCCUCAAGCAAUUAAGCCAGAGCACCUUCGAGCACAGUGGCUCUUUGUACCGGGGAUUCGUGCUCACCUUGCAGCCGCACGUCUACCUGCUGGAGCAGUACAUACAGUCGCUGGGGGAUGCCGCUCUGUCGCCCCUCCAAGAUGCCAGCCCGGCCACCGAGCAGGGAGUGGACGUCGCCACUGGGAUGCACGGACUGGAAAGUGAAGAGGGCGAAUUCGUGCCAAAAUCGACGCAGGCGAACGGAAACCAACGGACGGGGGCUGACCAUCGGCCAAGUCACCAGCGGCUCACCCGGCACGCAAGUCUAGAGUCGAACGGAAAUGCGGCGGUGGCCAGCGGCUCCUCCGCCCAAUCGACGCCCACCCAGCGUCAGCUGCCCCGGCAGAACAGCCGCGAGCGGGAGGGAUGUCGUCUCAUGUAAGCCCUUAGCCGUAAUCCGUACUCCACAUACUCAGCGCAUGGAUGUAGGUAGAUACGUACUCUGAACGAGCAUCUUUUUUUGUAAGUCCAUGGCAGAAAGUGUUUUGUUGCUGUAACUCGUUGUUGAAACUUUCCGUUAAUUGUAAGCCAGCGUACACACUCAAACGCCGAGUUAGAAAAAGGACCGGACAGAAACUCACACGCAGACAACGAAGCGUCGCCGGCAAAAACAAAACAAGCAACCGUGUAACCGUAUGAAGCAUACGUAACGUAAUCCGUAAUUUAGUAGAUGAAAUUUGCUGCAAUAUUUGUUAAUUAAAAUUAUACAAACAAUAUACUUAAAUAUACAAAUCAAAUACAAUUAUAUUUUUACUAAUAAAAGAAACAACAUAACAA